UUGCACAAAAGGCAAAGUGCAAAGAAAGAAAGUGGUCCAACCAUGGAGCUGCCAUUGCUGCCUUUGAAGAUGAUGGUUACGGUUAUGUUGCUUGGAUUCCUUGGAUUGCUCGUACGCUUGUUUGAAGCUCUAAUUUUGAAGCCUGAAAGGCUUCGUUCCAAGCUUCGAAAGCAGGGUAUCCAAGGUCCUCGACCAUCGAUCUUGCUUGGAAAUAUCAGUGAAAUGAAGAAAAUUCAAUCAAACGUGUCCAAGUUGUCACGAGAAGGAGAAGGAGUGAUAGUCCACAAUAGUUUUUCUGCUGUGUUUCCAUUCCUGGACCAAUGGAGAAAACAGUACGGUUCAAGAUUCAUGUUUUCACUUGGCAAUAUACAGAUUCUGCACAUCACCGACCCUGAUGUGGUGAAAGAAAUUAUCAUAUGCACUUCAAUGGAUUUAGGGAAGCCUUCCUAUCAACGCAAGGAGAGUGGCCCUCUUCUUGGCCAAGGAAUUCUGACUUCAAAUGGCGAAAUAUGGGCACGUCAAAGAAAAAUUCUUGCUCCUGAACUAUUUAUGGAUAAAGUCAAGCGUAUGAUGAACUUAAUGGCCGAGUCCUCAGUAACACUAGUAGAAUCCUGGAAUAGUAAGAUCGAAAGUGAAGGUGGAGUUGCAGACAUUAUGAUUGAUGAUUACAUGAGAAGCUUCUCUGGAGAUGUCAUCUCCAGAGCUUGUUUUGGAAGCAAUUAUUCCAAAGGGGAAGAGAUUUUCUUAAAGCUUAGAGCUCUAAAAGAGACCAUGUCCAAGAAAACGCUCCUCGGUGGGAUUCCUGGAAUAAGAUAUCUUCCAACCAAGGCCAACAGGGAAGCAUGGAGAUUGGAGAAAGAGAUUCGGGGAUUAAUCUUGAAGGUAGUCAAGGAAAGAAAAGAAACAAAAUCGGAGAAGGAUUUAUUGCAAAUGAUCCUUGAAAGUGCUACAAGCAGUGAUUUAGGAAAAACCGAAACAGAUCGAUUCAUUGUCGACAACUGCAAGAACAUCUAUUUGGCAGGCUAUGAGACUACGGCUGUUUCAGCAACAUGGACGCUGAUGCUGUUGGCCUCAAACCCAGAAUGGCAAGAUAAAGCUCGGGCAGAGGUUCUUGAAAUUUGUGGGGGUGAAUUACCAGAUGCUGACAUGCUCCGCCAGAUGAAAAUAUUGACAAUGGUGAUCAAUGAGUCGCUACGCCUUUACCCUCCAGUCCCGAUCAUGUCCAGGGAACUACUCGGAAACAUGAAAUUUGGAGAUAUCCAUGUGCCUAAAGGAGUUACUGUUUGGACAUUGGCGUUGGCACUUCAUCAAGAUCCUGAUAUUUGGGGACCUGAUGCUGAUAUAUUCAACCCUGAAAGGUUUGCCAAUGGCGUCGCUGGUGCAUGCAAGCUUCCUCAUGUAUAUAUGCCAUUUGGGAUUGGACCAAGAAUCUGUUUGGGCCAGAAUUUUGCUAUGGCGGAGCUCAAGAUACUUCUUGCCCUUAUUUUGUCUAACUUCAAACUCUCCCUCUCACCAAAAUAUAUACAUUCUCCAACAAUAAGAUUAGCAACAGAGCCUGAACAUGGAGUGAACCUCCUGCUUAAGAAGCUAUAAGCCAUCAGCUGCUCUUAUUAUUUAUCACAUACUUAUUUGUGGUAUUGAGUUGUACCAGGAUUGGCAAUAUAGAGUGGUGGGUCGUUUGGUGUUUGAUGAUCAAAUAACAAACGCAAAUUAAU